CAGAGAGCAGCGUCCCCUCCCUCCUUGUUCGCUUUGAAACUUCCAGUUUGAUCUUUCGUGUUGGUUGCUCCUAAGACUGAACCACUGCUCCAGAGAGGUGUUUCCACUGGAUCGGGCGCUGCUUGUCAAUAGCGUCCGCACGGCUUAGCCUUCGUUCUGGAUAUUUUAUCGCGUUCAGCCAUCACGCGGCUAGCUAGAAAUACGUCCAGUAACACAGCCGGGUAGCUGCUCUGUGGCUGCGAUUUAAAGCACCAGUGUCGCUCCCCUGUAGGAGGAAUGAUGGUAGAGGUCCGCUGGAAGGUUGCCUCUGGGGAGUUUGUUACACUUGAUAGAGGAGGGGAACAGGCAUGCUUUAUAGUGCGCUGCUAGUUCUUGGUUGCAGUAGUACACUACAGUAGCACAGAGGGUUCAUGCUCAGAGGAAGCGAGGGAUCUGUUCCCGGUGAUAUUGUCGCACUCGGCCAAUGUAACAGCAGCAGCGGCAAGGAAGCAGAAGCCGCCGGGCUACUAGUAGCCACAUCAUCUUAUGCAGGUCCAUGAUUGCUGGCAAGAUGCCCGUGAGAGGAGACAGGUUAUUUGCCCAUCAGUUCCCUCCGCCUCAUCACAGCAGCAAGAAUUUAUCAGCAUGGCUUGGGGCCUCUAGCAUGGAAGAACUCAUAUGGGAGCAGUUCACAGUGACCUUGCAAAAGGAUAGCAAAAAGGGAUUUGGCAUUGCUGUCUCUGGAGGCAAAAAUAAUCCCCAUUUUGAAAAUGGAGAACCUUCAAUUGUAAUCUCAGAUGUGCUUCCUGGUGGCCCAGCCGAUGGCUGUCUGCAAGUAAAUGAUCGUGUGGUUAUGGUUAAUGGGACAUUAAUGGAUAAUGUGCUCCAUUCAUUUGCUGUUCAGCAGUUACGGAAAUGUGGGAAAACGGCUGUCUUAGUUGUUAAAAGACCCCGAAAAGUUCAGGUCACUGCAAGGAGGUCACCUUCUCCUGAGCUGGACACUAGAGAUGUUGAGGAUGAUGAUGGACCCUUUGAUCACAGAAGUGCUUACAGCGGCUACAGUGAGAGGAGUUGGCAUAGUGGAAAUGGUCAUCACAGUAGAGACACAAGUCCAGACCGAGGCUAUGGCAAGGACCAGGACCGAGGUCGUUCCUAUGAGAGAGAUCAAGACUUGGCCCGUGGACGGAGCCGGGAGAGGGAUCUGGAUGAUGGGCGAGAAUACAGACGGGAGCGCAGUAGGGAUAGAAGCCUAGACCGUGACCAGAGUGAAGAGCGUAGAUCCGGAAGAGAUCAGAAGAAUGUGGACAGAGAGGAAUCCUUUGAACGCAGCUACAGUGGAGACUACAGCCCAGAUCGGGGCAAUGGCAGGAAACUAGCACCAGAAUGCAGAAGUGGAAGGGAGAUGCCAGUAAAUCGCAGUCGUGACAGGCUUCAGUCUCACAGUCCUUCACCUAAACCACACAGAGAAAUUGCUUCAGCUCGCAGAGGACUAGAUAAGCCCAUCAGUGUUCUGCUCAGUAAGAACAAGCCCAGUGAAGAAUAUGGUUUGCGACUUGGCAGUCAGAUUUUCAUAAAGGAAAUGACAACUACAGGUCUUGCAAGAAGAGAUGGAGAUCUUUAUGAAGGAGACAUUGUUCUUAAGAUAAAUGGCACUGUCACAGAAAAUAUGUCUCUAACAGAUGCUCGGAAGUUAAUAGAGAGAUCCAGAGGGAAACUUCAGAUGUUCGUGCAGAGGGAUGCCAGCCAGACCCUUAUCAACAUCCCUGCACUGGAUGAUAGUGACUCUGAUGACAUAGGAGAUAUUUCCGAUAUAGACUCCAAUCUUUCCAAUUCACCUGUUGAAGACAGCCGAUUGCAGCAUUCUGACUCUCAUUCUUCCUCUGAAAAACUGCGAGAAAAAAGCAGCUCCAAAGAGGACCCACCCAACAGACUAGCUAAAAUGGGAGCCAUGCCUACUCCAUUUAAAGUAGUGGGCACAACAGACACUCCUCAUAAGGUCUCUGUUAGCUCAGUAAUCCCUGAGAAAAUCAAGGAGGAGGAACACAAAGAAGAGGCACCAGUAGAACUGCCUGUAGCUGUCCCCAAGGUGCCUGUAGCUGCCCCCAAAGUGUUUCUGCAACCGACCCCAGAAGAUGAAGAAAUAUAUGGACCCGGUACCAAAAUGAUCAAGUUUGUAAAAGGGGACACCGUUGGCAUGCGUCUAGCUGGUGGAAAUGAUGUUGGAAUAUUUAUUGCUGGAGUUCAGGAGGGCAGUGCUGCUGAACAGCAGGGACUGCAAGAAGGAGAUCAGCUGCUUAAGGUAAAUACUCAGGACUUCAGAGGCAUAGCUAGAGAGGAGGCAGUUCUCUACCUGUUGGAAGUCCCUAAAGGAGAAGAAGUAACUAUUCUAACCCAGAGCAGAUAUGAUGUGUACAAAAACAUACUUGCCUGUGGCCGUGGAGACUCAUUCUUUAUAAGGACACAUUUUGAAUAUGAGAAAGAAGCUCCACAGUUUUUGUCGUUUACAAGAGGCGAGAUUUUCCGAGUAGUUGAUACUCUCUAUGAUGGGAAACUUGGCAACUGGCUGUCUGUGAGGAUUGCCAAUGAGCUGGAAAAGGGCCUUAUUCCAAAUAAAAGCAGAGCUGAUCAGCUGGCCAGUGUUCAGCUUGCUCAAAGAGGAGCCGCUGGAGACAGAGCUGAUUUCUGGAAAAAUCGGGGCCAAAGAUCCGGAGCUAAAAAGAAUGCAAAGAAGGGCCGUGAUGAUCAGACUACUGUUUCCAUAGUUAGCACGAAGUUCCCAUCUUAUGAAAGAGUGCUUCUUAGAGAAGCUGGCUUUAAGAGACCUGUUGUGGUAUUUGGCCCUAUUGCUGAUGUUGCAAUGGAAAAACUGGCAAGUGACAUGCCAAGCCUUUAUCAAAUUGCCAAGACUGAGCCCAAAGAUGCUGGCUCUGACAAGCCUUCUGGAGUUGUGCGGCUGAAUACAGUGAGAAUGAUAAUUGAGCAGGAUAAACAUGCAUUACUGGAUGUGACUCCCAAAGCUGUUGAUCUCUUGAACUACACACAGUGGUUCCCUAUAGUCGUGUUCUUUAGCCCGGACAGUAAGCAAGCAGUCAAAACGAUGAGACAAAGGCUGUGUCCCACAUCGAACAAAAGUUCCAAAAAAUUGUAUGACCAGGCGGUUAAACUCAAGAAGACAUGCACUCAUCUCAUAACAGCCACUAUCAACCUCAGUUCAGCCAAUGACAGCUGGUAUGGCAGCAUAAAAGAUGUGAUCAAGGAACAGCAGACUCAAGCAGUCUGGGUAUCGGACGGAAAGGCUGAAGGAGCAGAUGAGGAUGAUGACCGCAUGUCAUACCUAACAGCAAUGGGAGCUGACUACCUGAGUUGUGACAGUCGCUUAGUCAGUGACUUUGAGGAUACAGAUGGUGAAGGUGGAGCAUACACUGACAAUGAGCUAGACGAGCUUGUUGAUGAUCCACCACCCGUGUCUGCCAUUAGCCGCUCGUCAGAACCUGUGCACCAAGAGGAGCCUGUAGCUAAACCUGUGCCUGAGUCACGAGGCCAGUUGAAAAAAGCUGGAAACAGAGAAAUGCUAAGGGAUCCCAGUCCACCUCCCACAUUCAAGCCAGAACCACCAAAGGUAAACGAACAAAGCAAAGAAGAGAUAUAUGACUUGCCACGCUCCACUGAGCCAAAGCAAAGCAGCUCCAGUGUAGCCAGCAGUGAGAUCUCAGGAGGUUCUUCCAAGGCAAUUCCUCCACCCACUGCAGCCAAGCCUGUGUUUGCAGGAAAGCCCAUUCUGAAGGCACCAGUUACGGUUAACCCCUCUCCAGGGACGGUUAACCCCUCUCCAGGGACAGAAGAAGUAAGCCCCAUUCAGAAACAAGCAGAUGUUCCCAAAUCUGUCUUAGGAAAAGUUAAAAUAUUUGAAAAAAUGGACUUCAGUGCAAGAGCACAAAGGCUACAAGAACUGCAAGAGGCUCAGAAUGCCAGGCUGGAGCUCGCCCAGAAACUUCCCGAUAUUUAUGCUGUGCCAGUGAAGCCACAGAAAAAUGAGCAGAAUCGACCACAGCAAACAAGUUCCCGGCCACCAGAGCCCCAGAAACCCCCUUCUAGAACCUACCAAGAUAACAGAGCAAGUUAUGGCAGUGAUGAAGAGGAUGAAGAGUAUCGCCGCCAGCUGGCUGACCAAUCAAAGCGUGGCUUUUAUUCCCAGCCUUCAAAAUACAGACAUACAGAGCUGUGAAAUUCCUGCACAGAUUACAUUUUGGACUUUACUGCAGAGAUGACUAAAAGCAUGGACUACUUUUAUGUGGGCUGAUAUUCUAAAAUCUUAUAUAUCAGGAAAUCACAUGUAACUUAUGGUAGUAUGCAUCUCAAAUUUUCUUGACACAUUGAACAUAUGUGGACAUGUUUUUGUUAUACAGACACUGGAGUUAUUUCUUAUACUAAACUGGAAAUAUUCAUCAUUCGGAAAAUGAGUACACAGAGACUGCCUUCUGCUCAUUUGUUUGAUGCUGGGGAUAAAAAGCCACUAUUCCCAUACAAAAUGCUGAUGGAUUUGGAGGUGGGUAAUAUGGGUGUUGUUACUCUUACGCAUGGACUUGACAUUCCAAAACAUGUUUUUGUAAGUGCCUUGCUUCAAUAAUGUCUUAUAUCAAGGAUACCAGGCUUGUGGCCAUACAACUGUUGUGAAGUAUAGCUACUGUUGAGGACACUGGGAACUGUAGUUCAUGAUAGCUGAGAGGGCUUCCAGUUUGACAUCCCUAAGGUACAUAUUUCUUGCACUAAAAGGCAAUUAUUUUAGUUCUUAUGUGUAUCAAAGUAAUAUGAUACAUGGUGAACUGCUUUAGAAUGAAUUGGUUAUUAAAGCUUUCUUGUCAGAUCAUCUGGCUGUUACAAAGUCGAGAUUGUAAAUGCUUCCCCGUUCUAUAGAAAAUACUGUUCCUGUGGACAGAAACAACUGACAAAAAUAAACUCGUAUUUUUCUUC